AUGGUGGAACGCCACGUGGCAUUGCUGCCGUCAUCGUACGACGGCGGCGUCGUAGGCGACGAGACCGAGCCGGUCGGCUCUAAUGAGGGGGAGAGCGGGACAAAUGCUGGGGAGUCUGCCGCUCAGGCUUCUCUCCCAGAGCCAGCGGCUGGCGCAACUGCAAGUCGAGAGCCUUCUGCUCGGGAGGAGGGCUCGACGCAAGAGGAAGAGCGCCCCCUCCGACAAAAAAGACGUCGGGCGGAAACGCCACUUCGCUCGGCUACUUCUGCGAUCCAUCCAUCCGAGCGGGUCAUCGCCGCUUCUCGAGGAAAAGCACCAGAGGUGGAGGCGAUUUCGUCCGAUCGGACGCCCUCCCAACUAGACGCGUCUGCGGACCCCCUUGAGGCCGUUCCGAUCAGCGCCCUUCCACCUGCUCCCCGCAAAGUCCAUCGUUCAACGAUUUUAUCCCAAUUUUCUGCGUCGGCCUCCGAUCCUUCCCCAGCGUCCGCCCAGACGACUCCCGGUCGUCGCCGCACCAUCCGGGUCUCCUUGCAUCUCUCCACUGAGGAAUUAAUGCCCGAAGCCGAUCGGCCGACAACGCCCGAGCACCUGAUCACCAUGAAAGGGCCUUUAGCUGAAAUGUGGGCCGACGCUCAGGCACGCGUCGCAAUAAUUCCUCUCAGCAGCUUGGCCAAUAGCCACAUGCAGCAGGCUACUGGGAGAUGGGUGGAGGAGAUUGUUGUCUCCAACCGUCUGGCGAUGGUGGAUGAAGAAUUGAGGAGAUUGAAGGCUGCGUACGGUCCGCCCGGCUCCCAAGGCCCUUCUUACUCUGAGCUACAGAAAGAACUCAAGAAGGCCCAAAACUUGUUGGCGGUCGAGCAGAAGAAGACGGCUGAUCAGGCCCACACUUUGGUCGAGCUCGAGCGAGUUUUCGCCCUCAACUCCUCCGCAAUGCCUAGCGACAUCCUGAGGAAACGUGGGAAAGAGAUUAUGACUGACCAAGAGGUUCCCCCGACAAGCGCUUCAGCAGGAGCCUCUUCACAACAAACAGGAGGACACGAGAUUCUUGAAGAAGAAUCUCGCCCCACAUCAGAACCUUCGGCCGCCACUACAUCUAGUGAGAGGACUUCUUCUCCAGCAGCCCAGCGGCUCUUGCUUCUUGAACGCAAGAGGCGACGCAUGACUCCCUUGGUCCAAUCCUCCCCCCAGAGGCCGCCUAUGUCACGGGUGUCCGGUAAGGCCAAAACUCCCGCCUGGGACAGUACUCCAGUUUCUUCGGAAGUUACGGCCUCCUCUCCUGUUCCUACCUCAGUCUAG